AUGUGGUACCUAUGCGUCUUCUACCACAGGCUCCUGGACUACCGGCGGCCGGAGGUGGAGUCCCUCGCCGAGCUCUUCGCCGGCCCGGGCGCCGGCGAAUCCGUCGAGUGGCGCAUGCCGGAGAACCACCACGUAGACUCUCCCUUCCACCUCGUUCGCCUCCCCGGAGACGUGCGCCUCGCCGCCCAGGUCGCCAACCGCAGCUUGUUGGUGAAGGGGAUCUACGAGCUCUGGGGCCAUGGCACCACCUACGAGGAGCUGGAGAAGUCGGUCAGGGAGUACCCUGACGAGAGGAAGCUACCGUUCCUGACCCCGGAAAGCACCUUCAAGAUCGUUAUCGACAGCUUCGGCAAGGUGAUCAGCUCCCAAGAGCAGAACGAGAUCAUACAGAGCCUCACUUACAUACCAUUCCAGGGACGUGUUAAUUUGAAGAAGCCUGACCACAGGUUCUUUGUCAUGGAGACAGAUGACUAUGGGUCCAACAAUGGUCUCCCACCGGUUGUGAAGAGGUCAAUAUUCUUUGGCCGGGAGGUUGGAGCUGCUGAUAGGCAUCUCCUGCCAACAUAUCAGCUCAAGAGUAGGAAGUACAUUGGCCCGACUGCAAUGGAUGCUGAAAUGGCUUUCCUCAUGGCCAAUCAGGGUCUGGCCCGGCCUGGGAAGCUUGUCUAUGACCCUUUUGUUGGGACCGGUAGCAUUUUGGUUGCAGCUGCGCAUUUUGGAGCUAUGACGAUGGGUGCAGAUAUCGAUAUAAGGGUUGUACGGGAUGGCCGUGGCCCCAAUUGCAAUGUUUGGAGCAACUUUGAGCAGUACAAGUUACCAGAGCCUUUGUGUUUGCUAAGGGCAGACAACAACCUCCCACCUUGGCGCCCAGGAUCGAAGGAGAUGUUCGAUGCAAUAAUUUGUGACCCACCAUAUGGUGUCCGGGCUGGUGGCCGGAAGUCUGGUGGUCGGAAGCUCCUAAAAGGCGUCAAAGGCCCUUACACAGUGCCGGAUGAGAAACGGGACAACCACAUCCCAUCAACCGCGGCAUACAGCCUCGCCGAGUGCGUCCAUGACCUCCUCCACCUCGCCGCAAGGAUGGUAGUCAUGGGUGGCAGGCUUGUCUUCUUCUACCCUGUAUUGCGAGGUGAAGAUGGCGCUGCAAACCCGCAGUUCCCGGAGCACCCCUGCUUCAAGUUGAUCACCUCCUCUGAGCAGAUCCUGAGCUUUCGGUACAGCCGUGUUCUGCUGACCAUGGUGAAGGUCGCACCCUACACCGAGGAGAUCGAGAAGAUGGCCGCAGAGCGGCACCAGGAGUUCAGGGAGAACCACCAGAAGUGGAUGGAGGAGGGCAACCUCCACUCCGCGGUGUUCGAGCCAGCUCAGGAUGGGAAGCCUGAUAGGGAGUCCAAGCCCAAGUACAGAGGCAAGUACGUGUAG